GGUCGAUCUUGUUCUGUGGUUCUUCAAAGUUGUGCGCCUUCUACAUAUCAGGAGCUUCCCCGAAGACGUCGUCCUCCAGAAUGGAGGACGGAGGACCUCCGCGCCCUCAUGGCAAGGCGAGUCCCGCGGCGGUAGCCCUGUCCGUGGGAAACCGCGACAUCACCGACUGUAGGCUUCCCGAUUCAUCUGACAGCUCAACAGCGGCAGACAUGGACUCGGACAGUGAUUACACGCUAGUCCAAUCGCGCCACUUGAAGCGCAAGCUUCGCCGGACGUCAGCAGGCAGUGAUUCUACUCAUAACAGCAGAUGUGACGAACGGGUCUUCUCCGUGGGCUACACCCCAACUACGGAAGGUACGAAUAUGAAUUCGUUGAAUAGACAAUCACUGACCAAAUACUUCGAUCGAAUAGCCUCAGGACAUGUGAGAGAGAUCCGCAUUAAUGCUCGGAAGAACAUUCUGACGGUGGACGUGAAUUCUCAGGCAGUAUUGGAGGCUUUGAAAGGCAUUCAAGUGGUUGGCAACAUCCCAGUUCGCUCAUUCCUAGCGUACGGCAAAGAUACCUGCACUGGUGUGAUAUCGGAUGUGGACAUUGACAUAAAGGAUGACGACCUGCGAUCUCUAUUAUCGUCGACAGUGCGAAUCCUCGACAUCCACCGAUUCGGCCGCUCCCGGUGCAUCAAGUUGGUGUUCGAGUCAGACUCUUUGCCAGCAUCGGUCAAAGUAGGUUAUGUGAGGCACUCAGUGCGUCCAUAUGUACCACGACCGUUACAGUGUCACAAGUGUUUCAAACUGGGCCACGUGAGUGCUGUGUGUAAGAAUCCUACGUCGUGCCGAAGAUGUGGUGGUCCUCAUCAGGUAGACUCCUGUGAGACUGACGCCAUGAAAUGUGCAAAUUGCUCCGGAGACCAUGAAGCGACAUCCAAGGACUGCCCCAAAAUGGUAGAGGAGAGGCAAAUUCUGAGAAAAAUGGUGAGAGAGAACUCCACGCACAAGGAGGCUGCCGAUUCCGUCCGCAAGAAAAGGCGCCGGUUGCGGCAAAGGCGUCGCCGCUCCCGGAGCAAGCCUCGGGGUAAAGAGGCACUUCCUUUGAGUACUUGGAUGCAAACCGUGCCACAGAGAGAGCAAGGCCGGCACACACAAGAUGCGCCUCCCCCAGUAUCUCCGCGCCCGUCAAGGAAUGAGGCGUCAUCCAACGUGCGUCCAACCUCUUCGGCUAUUGAGUGGCCUUCGCUACCACUGAGGGCUUCCGGAAGAGAUACUCCUUCGGCGCUCCCCAAGUGCCGGGAGAGUACUGAAAGGCUUGGAAAUGAAAAGGUGAUAGACAUGCUUAAACAGCUAGUAAACACUAUGCGUAUAUUACUCUCCGGAUUGGCAACGCCAACUGCACUGUCGGUCGUGAAGGCGUUAGAUGCUAUGGAGCCGCUAUUAGCGGCUCUAAAAUAAGGGUAUUAAUCAUGGCUCUCACGAUAAAACACUGGACAUUGGAACAGAAGAUGCAUCAUUCUGUUAUAAUGCAAUGGAAUGCUCGAGGUCUAUGCGGCCGCAUGUCUGACUUUAGGCAACGAGUAUUCAAAUACCGCUUCCCAGUGAUCGUGAUAUGCGAGCCAAAUCUCACGUCGGAAUUUCGCCUUUCCGGAUACGUUAAGCUCUGGUCACGUGAAGAUGGACCCAAGAGCAAAGUGUUAAUGUGUAUACGCAGCGACAUGACGUUUGUGCGGAACGCGAUCACUCCACAUGACAGCAAUGAAUAUGUGUGUGUGACACUAAAACAUAAACUACAUGUGUUUUCGAUCAUCGGCGCCUACAUACCUCCUAGACAAGGACUUGAACUAUCUUAUCUAUCCACUGUAUUACAAAGCUCCCCAGGCCCUCAUGUUGUUAUUGGAGACUUCAAUGCUCAUCAUCCUUACUGGGGAAGUGCCGCAAUGAACUGUCGGGGUAGGAACUUGAUGGACUUCAUAGACAGUGAAGGUCUGGCUGUCAUCAACGAUGGAUCUCCAACUUACAUCCGCGGCACUACCUACGGAAGUUGCUUAGACCUCACUAUUGUAUCUCGGAGCCUCCUGCCCUUAGUCAACUGGUGCUUGGACAUAGAAACGCAUGGGAGCGAUCAUAUACCAACAUAUGUACAGAUGAAGUGGUUUGUGCAAUCAACUCCACCUGCUGUACGCUGCACUGAUUGGUCCACAUUCUCUACAUCUGUCGAAGAGUACUGCGGAGACAUCACUUCACCAUCUGAUAUAGAAGACAUUAUUGUAUCAUCAAUGCAGAAGACAACUAAGCUCAUCUGUGCACCUACAUCCAGAACGGCGAUUGAUAUUGAAUAUGAACGACUCCGAGCGAUCCGUCGUAGAGCGGAAAGGAAGGUUAGGCGAACUCAAUCGUCAUUAGACCUUGUCUUAUGUCGACGAGCUCAACGAAAAAUACGGCGUCACCUUCAAAAAAUGGGAAAACAACGGUGGAGGACCUUCUGUUCGUCUCUGGAUCCUCGAAAGCCACUUUCUAGGAUCUGGCAGGUAGUACGAAGCCUUCGUGCCCCUCCUCAGCAAAAACAUUCUUUCCGUGCUCUAGCACUUCACCAAUGUCUGACGGAAGUGCAGGUUGCCGAAGACUUCUGUAAGAGAGUCACCCGUACUGAUGUUACAGCAUGUCCAACAUUGGAUCGACCCGUGCUACCUCCUAAAGAUGACCGUCUUGACCUUCCUUUCACGAUGCCGGAAUUGGAAGCUGCACUAGCUGCGUCUAGACGAUCUUCUGCCCCUGGACCUGACGGUAUUUCGUAUACUGCUCUGUGCCACCUUGGGAUGGAAUGUCGGAAAGUCCUGCUGUCAUACUAUAACGCCACGUGGUCAACCAGUACAGUCCCGAAGCAGUGGAAAACCAGCCGUUUGGUGGCCCUCCUAAAGCCAGGAAAAUCGCCUUACGAAAUGUCAUCUUACCGGCCAGUAGCUUUAGCUAGCUGUGUCGGUAAGGUGAUGGAACGGAUGGUACUCACUAGACUAGAAUGGUUCAUGGAAAAGAAUGAGCUUUAUCCUGAAAUGAUGACCGGAUUUAGACGUGGCCGGUCUGCAAUAGAUGGGGUCAUUGAUCUCGUGUCCACGAUCGAACAGGAAAAAAAGCGCCACCGACUUGUAGGAGCAGUUUUCUUAGACAUAAAAGGAGCUUAUGACAAUGUACUGCACGAAGCCAUUCUUGAUGCCCUCAGUAAUCUAGGCAUCGGCGGCCGUCUCUACAUGUGGAUUGCAAAUUACCUAGAUGGUCGUACAGUCUUCAUGUCCACGAAUGCUGGCGAAACGACAAGACACGCUGUGGUCUGUGGAGUGCCUCAAGGAGGAGUUCUCAGCCCGACCCUUUUCAAUGUUGCCCUUAUUGGCCUUGCGGAAAUAAUUCCUGAUACAGUACGCAUCAGUACCUACGCAGACGACAUAUGCAUAUGGGCAUCCGCAGUCACGCGACCAC